CAUUUUUCCCCCCACUCAUUUUCCCCCAUGCCAAUUUCCAAUUCACAAUUGACCCCAUCCCUCUUCCACUUCCGAUUUGCCCCUCUUUUCCCCCUAUUCCUACACUCCCCCAUGACAAUUUUUAAACCAAACUUGCACGACCAUCCUUUACCCGCAAUCGACAAUUUCAUGCACCCAUACAUACUCUCUCAUCAAAUGACAAAUUACCAAAUGCAAUCCUUUGUCUUUUUCAGUUCGUUCACUACUUUUUUGAACCAUUCUACUUAAUCACUUUAAAUAUGUCUAUUUCUUUGAAUAAAAAACCUUUUUUUAUACAUUCUACGACUAUGUCCUCUUUUUUUAUAAGUUACUUUUUCACUUUUGAUGUAUUUAAUUUUUAAAAAAAAUAAUCCUUGCGUUUAUGGCGUGUCUGUAGUAUAGCGUGUCAAGGCAGCUUUAAAAUUUUACUUAUUAUCAUUAUUUUUAUUGUCUGUCUUUUUAGUAAAUAUUUUGAAACUAAACUAAAAAUUAUUUAUUUUUGUCAAUUUAGUGGAUACUGUAUAAAUAUAGUGUUUUUGAAAUUAAUUCUUUUUUUGCUUUGUUGAUUUUUUUGUGUUUAUAUAAUAUUUACUUUGAACAUUUCAUUGUAACAGUUAAAAAUUAAGUCAAUGAUUAAAUUUUUUAAUAAUGUU